AUAUUAAUUCUCAAGAUAACCAAUCUAUUCCUCAAUACAUUACAAUGAUUUCUCAAGUUCAAAAGCCUGUCGUUAGAACUGCUGCCGAAAAGGAAGCUCAAAUUAUGAAAGAAAUUAGAGCUAACAACGCUAAAUACGAAUCAAAAUUCCAAGGUUCUUUCUUUGGUGAUAUCUUUGGUUUUGCUGUUAAGACUACCAACUAAGUGAUUUCAAAAUAACUGAAAUUCAUUCAAUUCAAUUCGAUACGAUAAAGUACUAAUACACUUUUUUUAUGACACUUACUACUA